GCCGCGUUAGUGUGGGCCUGAUGGCGGCCUGUAGCUUUCCUUCGCUUCCCCCCGGGUGUAAAGCCACCCAGCUGUGUGCUGGGAUCCCAGGCACUGUCACGGCACCCGCGACCGGGUCAGGAGCAAGUGAGGCGCGGGGUGUGCCUGGUGCUGGUUACUGCCUCACUAUCUAAAGCCCAGCAUAUGGGGCCACUGCUUCGGUAAUGAAAACAAUGUGUGAAAUAUAAAAUUUUGCUUCGUGGGACACUUCAGUCUUCCUGCCCUUUUCUUUCUUUAUAGUGGCGAUGCCGUGGAUGAAAGGAGAACUUUGUGUUUACAAGAAGGAUGUGUGGUUUACAGCAAUCUUUAGCUGCUGUUACAACUUCUUUCAUGACUUGCCACCAGUCCUCUGGAAAUUGUGCAGGACAGUGGGGGCAGCUGGUUCUGCUGUGCCAGGAGGGCAGAGCAGUUGAUCCAUCCAUGUCUUGGUGUUCACUUUGGCGUUCUGGGCUGCAGCUUUGGGCAUCUUGACUGUAAGGAUCAAGGGCUUUCACUUGAAGUGGGAGCCAGUUUGCAGGAUAGGCUUGUGCUUGGUAAAGCUGGAAAAACAGUACUGAUGUGUUCUGUGCUGAUUACAGUCCCUCGGUCUCUUACAGACUAAUGUAUAGGUAGUUUUCAGGCAGACCAGAACUAUUGUAAAAUCACAGUAAAGGUAUAAUUAAGGCAGGCCAUCAUCAGGAAUGGGAUGGACUUGCCCAGCUGAUUAGGGAUGUAGACACUACUUCACAUGACAGAACUUGAGCAAAGAACUUAGGAGCCCUCUUGUAUCAAGCAGAGCUAUUGUAAGAAAAUGCAUGUUUGACAAAAUAAAGCACGGAAGAGUAACUAUGAAUCUACUGGAGAAAAAUCCUGUCGUUGGAAAACAUUGUACUGAAAAUAAUGUUUGGUAUUAACUGAAGAAAUUUGUGAUAUCAGUUACCAUGGCUGAUAGAUGAGGUGUAAAAAUAAAUUUAAAGUGAAUUCAGGUGGGCAUCUGUUUACUACUAGUGCUGUCAAGGACCAUGUUAAAAAAGGCAUCUUUUCUGCAGCACUCCUCUGGUUCAGAAGCUUUCUGACCCACUAACUGCUUGGAGCUCUGCAAUCUCUGGUAACUACUAAGAGAUUGCUGGAGGUCUGAUCUGUGCAGCACCAUGGACGCAUCAGAAGAGACUGGGGGCUCCUCUGCAGAAGAAAACUACUUUGUGAACUACACCUUCACUGACCGCUCCCACUCAGGCCGCGUGGCCCAGGGCAUUAUGAAAUUAUGCUUGGAGGAUGAGCUCUUUGCUGAUGUUACAAUAUCAGUGGAAGGCAAAGAAUUCCAGCUGCACCGUUUGGUCCUUUCAGCUCAGAGCUGCUUUUUUCGUUCUAUGUUCACUUCCAACCUAAAGGAGGCCCACAACCGGGUGAUUGAGCUGCAGGACGUUAGCGAGAGUGUCUUUCAGCUCCUUGUGGACUAUAUUUACCAUGGGACUGUAAAGCUGAGGGCAGAGGAGUUGCAGGAAACGUAUGAAGUGGCAGACAUGUACCAGCUGACUGCCCUUUUUGAAGAGUGCUCCCGUUUUCUGGCCCGUACGGUGCAGGUUAGGAACUGUCUGCAGGUCAUGUGGUUGGCAGAUCAACACAGUGACAUGGAGCUCUACACAGCUGCCAAACACUGUGCAAAGUCGCAUUUGUCUCAACUGCAAGACACAGAGGAGUUCCUACACCUGCCUGUCCGCCUGCUGACAGACAUCCUGACAGAUGGCGUUCCAUGUUCUCAGAAUCCAACAGUUGCUAUAGAAACCUGGAUCAACUUCAAUAAGGAGGAGCGAGCAGGCUUUUCAGAGACACUGCGAUCAAGUCUGAAGGUGAUUGGAGAAAAUGUUCACAUCUACCUGAUUGGAAAGGAGUCAUCACGUACACAUUCGCUCGCUGUCUCUCUGCAUUGUGCUGAUGAUGACUCCAUAAGUGUGAGUGGCCAGAACAGCCUGUGUCACCAGAUCACCGCAGCCUGCAAGCAUGGUAGCGACCUAUAUGUCGUUGGUGGCUCCAUUCCACGACGCAUGUGGAAAUGCAACAACGCGACUAUAGACUGGGAAUGGUGUGCCCCUCUGCCCCGUGACCGGCUCCAACACACCCUUGUCUCUGUGCCAAGCAAGGAUGCAAUAUAUUCGCUGGGGGGCAAAACUCUACAGGACACUCUCUCUAAUGCCGUCAUAUAUUACAGAGUACGAGACAAUGUCUGGACAGAGACCAGCCAGUUGGAAGUGGCAGUCUCUGGAGCUGCAGGUGUAAAUCUUAAUGGUGUCAUUUACCUGCUGGGUGGGGAGGAAAAUGACUUGGACUUCUUCACCAAGCCCUCUCGGCUGAUUCAGUGCUAUGAUACCAACACGGAGAAAUGCCACGUGAAGCCAUACGUACUGCCUUUCGCAGGGCGCAUGCAUGCUGCUGUACACAAGGAUGUGGUGUUCAUUGUAGCUGAGGGGGAUUCACUGCUAUGCUAUAACCCCCUUCUGGAUAGCUUCACCCGGCUGUGCCUGCCAGAUGCCUGGAGCUCAGUACCGUCCCCCUGGAAAAUUGCUAGCUGCAACGGCAGUAUCUAUGUAUUUCGUGAUCGCUAUAAAAAGGGUGAUGCGAAUACUUUUAAACUUAACCCAGCCACCUCUGUUGUAACAGUCACAAGUGGCCUCAAAGUGCUGCUCACUAACCUGCAGUUUGUCCUGGCCUAAGUGGGGAAAGAAGGCCUAGUGAUAGAAAAGGCAGCAGCAGUGUUCUGCUGUGCAGCUCAGACUCUCCCACCACCCUCAGCACCAGUCCCAAUUACUGCGAGCUCACAACAUCCAGUAAAGACCCCAUCCUCUAUACCUGUCCAGAGGAAGUACAGACUUGCUGGCUGUGGGCCUAUUUUAUAUAGCACUAUUAAAGUUGAACUGCUGCAUCUUAGAUUUCAGAUGGACUAAAUGCUGUUACUUUGAUCCCUUGAUCAUAAGCUGCUUGCAUUGGAGGCCCAGACUGCAGCAAAUGUUUUUUUUAGCCUGGAACCAAUCCACCAAUAACAAAUCCUAUAACGUAUGGACAAUGUCCUUUUUGGCUUACAUUGCUAGUUUUAACUUCAUAGAACACUGUGAGUUGCUGCCAUGUCAGUCACAGAGUUAGAUGUGCACUGUGUCCUUCAGGGAUGUCCCCAUUUAAACAUUCCUGUGUUCCUAUUGCAGAAGGAGGGACUGGCAGAAAUAUUUACAGCAAACAGAUUCCAGAGCUGACCCCAGGACUUUUAGUAAGUUGCAUUAUUCAGCACUUCUCCCAGAGAAGUGGUAACAGACUGGGAACUUGCAUACUGCUCUGUCAUCACCUACCAUAAAGGGAGAUUGUUUUUAUGGGCAUUGGCUUCCUUUACUGUACAGGGAAUCCCCACCUGUAAUCAUAACGUAGUGUUGGUGAAAAAUGGAAUUAAGACCACUUCCUCCUACCCCUCUCUGUUGGCACUGUAAUCCUUUGGGUAAGAAUCUGAAUAAAGUCUCUGCUGAGACAAA